AUGUCCACACCGUCAUCCUCCACGCGUCUUCCCCCGACCUCCCCGCAGGUCACUGCCUCGGUGGUGAAGUUUCGCUGCCUGUACACUCACGACCUACGCCGCAAGUCCAAACGAUGGCACGAUGGCUACCUACGAUAUCAUAAAUUCAACAAACGUGUCAUGGUCUACGAUGACCAAGGAAAUUUCAUCGGCGACCACCACUGGCGAUCUUCCGACGAAGUGCAGGAUGGUGACGAAAUGGAGUUGGACAAGGGAGUCUUGAUUGAGGUGACCGAGAACAUGGGAACCACGGAGACGGACAUCACCACACUCUACGAAAAGAAGAAAUCUAGCCAGGGAUCGCCACAGACCAAAGACCCGGUGUCCCAAGUCCCCCGCACCUCUACCUAUACCCCAGCCUCCACUUCCGCCUCCACGCCUCUUCGUUCCUCUGCUUCGUCCCAGUCAUUUCGCUCUCUUAACGAUUUGCUAGGCAUUAAAAGAACUCCAAUUGGGCAUUUAGUGUCUCCAUACGAGCAAAGAAAUCCUCCGCAGUCAGCCUCUAGCAUUCAGGAACCUGAACGCGCACUGAAGCGACAGAAAACAUCCUCGGUGGUGAAUCGAAGCGCCGAGAAAGGCUCACACGCCCAGAGCGAGGUCAUUGAUUUGACCGAUCCAACCGAUUCAACUCGGGGACUCUCCGCGAAGCAAAGGUCAAAUCAAGUGGCAAAAGAACUACCUAGAGCCGGGGGUGAUUCUUCGGCUGAUAUACUCCCGGCAAAUGGUGAGCAGAGGUCGACAGCUCAUUCAAAACAAACUCGGCCACAGAGACCCAACCCUCCUUCACUCUCAACGGUAUCCGCUUUAACUGCAUCUGAAUCAACCUUCAGUCUACCGACACCGGAGGAGGUAGUCCGCACAGCUACCAAGGGUAUCCAACCAACAAGACCCCUCGGUCCCUCAUCGAAAGGUUCCCUUCCCACUAUACCCGCAGAAACAGAGAUCCCCGGGUCUCGACACAACUUGCCCGUGGAUCAAACCUUAAUCAAUCGCGAAACUCAGUCGAGAGCUGUUUCACAUCCCAUGCCACCACAGAGGUCUGAGCCACCGACGGUCCCAAGAAGCUCUCUUCCAAUUGCACCCAAACAGCCGUCUGCUGGUCGAUUUACACCACAGCCCCCAGUGCGUGUACUCAACAAUUAUGUGAAACCUAUCGAAACUGCGAACAAUCAAGCUCCGGCUAACAUUCCAGCUCCGGCUGACGUUUUGUCUUCGGCCAAUGUUCCACUCCCGGUCAAUGUUCCACCUCCAGUCAAUGUUCCACCUCCAGUCAAUGUUCCACCUCCGGUCAAUGUUUCACCCCCAGUCAAUGUUGCACCCACGGCCAAUAUCUCACCUUCAACGAAAAUGCCACCUCCAUCACGUCCAUCCUCAGUACUGCGCCCUGGGGCACCUACAACGGCUCUACGCAUGGGAACCGGAAAGCCACGCCGGAAACUGAUGUACAGCGCUUUGUUACCCGGCACUUCACGAACUCCAUCACCAGUGGCCUCAGAUACACCGCCUGAUAGUGCAACUCGUGAAACCGCCACAAAUAACCCGGAGCAACCUCUAGCCGCCGCUCCAGGUGAUUCCUCAACAAACGAAGAGUUUAUGCCCUCAAACUCGACACAAUUCAUAUUUGAUGAGAUGAUAGAUGGAUCGGGCUUCAAAUCGCCCUCCACGAUCAAAAGGCUAACCGGGAAAAGAUCUCUCCAUUCGCCCUUGCGCAAAUCGAUAUCUGACCCGACUGCAUUGACUGCCCGCAAAGUCCGAGCAGGAGGAUCAUUACAUGCAGCCGGCAAGAAAAACGAGCCCAAGGAGCAAGGCCCUUGGACAUCCGAGGCAUUGGAUUUGUUUGACUUCUGGCCUGCUGGACGACCAAAACCAAACCAAUGA